AUGACUUUUAAUGAUUUUCAGAAACACAUAUAGAAUUUAAAUUAUGUAAAUUAAGUAUCACAACAAUGUUAAGCCAGUUCUACAAGGUCAAAUUAAGAAGAAAGAAGUGGUUACAUGCAAUAUAAUCAGCCUCUAUCGAACCAAAGCAAAUAAAACAUCUAACAUUUUUCAUAAAAUUAAAUAGAUUAAAAAUAAGGGAAAUCAUUUAACAAUAGCUAUUUGUAAGAAGAAUAAAAGGUUUUUUCAAAUACAUAAAAUAAUAUAUAAUAAAGAAGCUAAAAAAAUUGCCCUCUUCCACCUAGUUAAACUUCUAUUUAAUAAGAUUAGAGCAAUAAAAAAAAGAAUACUUAAAGUUAAAGUAUAUCAAAUUUAGUUAGAAAUAACCUCCUUUUAAAAAAUAGUGCUUAGAGUGAAUAACAAAUAGAGUAAAGUAAUUAUAAUUACUCAAAAAAUACAAAUCUAGUGAAUAAUUAGUAGUAGUAAAUUAAUUCUUAAUCAGCAUCUUACUUAAGCAACAAGCAAUAUACAAAUUAGCAAGAAUAAUAAAGGUAUUAAUAAUAGCAAGUAUCAAAUAGAUGGCUAUUUACUAAUCAAAACUAAGCAAAUAACUAGAAUCAAAAUAAUGAAAAGAACUAAUAACCAGUAUCUAAUAAUAUAGAUCUUUAAAAUUUUCAAACUAAUACUAUGCUUGGUUGUAAGUUAGCCUCUAAUUAAUAAUCCUUCUAAAAUACUCCAAGGGAUAAAAUUUAACUACCUCAAUAAAAUUAAAAAAAUAGCUAUUUAGACUUCGAGUCAAGUUAAUAGUAAACAUCUAAAAAUUAAGCAAGCCAAUAUAUGACUAAAAAUACAUAAUUUAUAAAAAAUAAAGAACCUUAGACAUUUCAAUCCAUAUUGCAGUAGUAACAAAAUCACACUUAAAACUCUUAAAGUAACUAACAAAGCUUUCAAAACGGAGUUUAAUUAAAUAACUUUCCAUAAACAAACGAAUUAGAUCUAGCAGCUGAAACACCAAAGUAAAAAUUUUUUACAAAAAUAUAAUACGACAAUAAUAACUACAACAAAAAUAAUAAGUCAACUGAUAACAUCUCAACCAAUAGUUUGUUAAAAAGAAAUAGUGAUAAGAAAAAUAAUUUGAGAAAUGUGACUCCUCCAGAUUCAACUAUUAGAUAUAAAAUAUCAAAUUAAAAUAAUCUGGAAACUCCUUAAUGUAAUUUUUCCAGUCUUAUCAUGAAAAAUGAUUAAUCUCAUUAAUAAUUACCUCGUAAAAAUUUAAAUAAUUAACUUAAAUUAGAGAGUAUAGAUUAAGAGAAUUAUUAUAGCUAUAAUCAAUAAGCAGAGCGAUAGGUUUAAAAUAAAAUGACACCAAACUAGUAUGAAAGUAGAAUUUAAGAACUUAAAUAAUUAGUUAAUGAUUCUGAAAAUAUUUUAAAUACAUCUGAGUCAAAAAUAUAAAUUAACGAAGAAAGCACUCCACUUAAUAACAAACAAAAAUUCCGUUAUAAAUUAGAAGAAUUCUAAUAAGAAAAUAAUAAAAAUUAUGAUUUUAAUAAAAAUAAUAAUAAUAAAUUAAAUAAUGGAACUGAGAAUUCAUUAAGUGUAGAAGAGCAUAUUGAUGAUAGUAUUUUGGAUGAAAAAAUUUCAAGGAGUAUGUUUAAAGCGAAUCCUUCAUAGCACAUUUAAUAAAAAGUUCAAUAUGAAUGCAUAUCAAUAAAAUGUUAAAAUUGUUAGUAUGAAUAACAACUUCAAUUAAAAAAAAUUUUAGAAAAUAUCAAAUAAAGCUUGAAUAGCAAUGUUUUUAUGAAUAACUUUACGAGAGAUAACAGCUAUAGAAACGAGAAUUAGAUAAGAGAAGUUAAAGAAUAAUUGAGCCCUGAAACUACACUUAAUAGUAUAAAUGAAAAUAGCUAGGAUCCUAACAAGACUAUUAGACAACUAAACUGUCUAGCUAGUGCCACGUAUUUAGAUUUAAGUAAAAAAUCUCAUGAAAAUUAAAGAUCUUCAUCUUCAACUUGUAAUCUUAACUCCAACAAAUUAAAGCAAAAUAAUUAACUGAAAUAAAAUAAUGACCAUGAACUCAAUACAAAGAUUGAAAAAAUUAAUGAAUAAUUGAAGUUAGAAGUGAAAAAUUUGACAUAAAAAGAAUUUGAAUUAGAAUUUCAAUAAUAAAAAAUGGAUGAUAUGAAUACUUAAAUUAAGACCUUAACUUUAAAAUUGCAAGAAAUUUAAGAAUAGAAAACUGAUUGA